AAUGACUCAGGAGAAAGUAAUUUAACCGCCACUCCCAAUAUUUCGUUCCACAAGAUGGAAUAUAAAAUGGUGCUCUCAGCCCUUCUGGGUCUUAUCAUUGUUGUGUCUCUACUGGCAAACAUCUUGGUUUGUUUGGUCAUACUAAGCACCAAGCCUCUGCGGCAAUCCAAUGGCGCGUGCUUCGUAUUAUCCGUCGCAGUUUCCGAUCUCUUAACCACCUGUUUGGUCAUACCCUUUGAUCUGGAACUCAUCGUUUCAGACAGCACUGAAUGGAGGCAUGGAGAAAUCAUGUGUAACGUUUUCACCACUGCAUACCUUCUCACUGUUCCUACAUCUAUUCUUAGCCUUUUGGCUUUGAGUGUUUACAGAUACAUUAAACUUAAGAACCCCCUCGAUCAUCUAAAGCUAUCACCACUGAUAACCAAGCGACGUGUCAUGGCCAUCAUCAUUCUCCUUUGGAUUUACUCAAUGCUUUUCGCGCUCACCCCAGUCUUCAUGAUCACGUCGAAAGCUAUCGGGGAACAAACGAGAGUCAAAAAUGGAUUUUGUCAUUUCACAUUUUCUUGGAUAUAUUCAUUUGUGAGUAACAUAAUAAAUUUUCUGAUCCCGGUCUUGUCAUCUUGCCUGAUUCACUACAAAAUAUACCGCAUCGCCAUCAAGUCCUGCGUUUCGUUUCCAAAGACCGUAAGAUUUGAACAACGACAAUUUGGUGCUGACAAAAUAGGUAAGUUUGUAGUUUCAAUUCAAAUGAACAUUUUGCUGAUUUUGCAUCGGUCAGUUAUUUGCCACUAAGCAGCUGCAAUAGUCACAAGGCUUGCAGAAUUUCAUUCCUUCAAAAAACUGAGACAAGAAAAAACUGGAUCCAAAACCAUGAUUUAAGUCGAUUCAGCAUGACCAGUAUUCUCUCUUGGCAUGACAUGAUAGCACUCAAACUAGCAAGUGAAUUUUAAUUGAAUAUUGUUUUAUCAAACUAACCCAAUAAGUGCAAGCACUCUGGCCAGUCAGCGAAACUCACAAAUUUCCCUCCAAUGAAAAUCUUAAAACUAAAAGCAUAGUGGGGGGGGGGGGGGGGGGACGGGGCGCGGUAAGCGCGCAAAGAAAAGUCACAAACGAGUAACAAUUGUUUUGCUUCUGCUUUUUAUUGGCUGAGUGUUGCGCGUGUUCAUUAGCUAAAAAGUAGCUGAUUUAAUGCCUAGACUUCGUUUCGUACGGAACCAUUCGUUGUUUCCUGGAGAAUAUUUUUUCGCGAUUCAUCCUUUGUUUCAUUCAGCCACUCUCAGUUUUUCGUGCUGUCUUUUAAGAUUUUUUAGACAGAGACAGUUUACUUUAUACUGUCUCCCUUGACGGGCUUAGGUCAAGAUGUUUUCAACUUAACUUAAACUGUAGAGGGGAAAGAAACCUUAAGAGCCCAUGACUGUAAAUAUCGAGAAUCGCUGGCCAGGCUAAAAAAAUCGAAAAUUCUGAUUAUUUGUCAGAAAAACCCCUUGGGGGAACUAUCUUCGAAAAAAAUAUUUUCAACUUUCAAGAAUCUAUAGUGUUCGAGAAAAUGAGGAAAAACGAAAAUAGCGGUUUUUACCUAAUUAAUUAUGCAAAAAUUAGAGUAAAAAUGGCCUACUUUAUCGCGUCGGUACCGAGGCAAGAUUCAAAGCUAUAGAACAAAAAUAUUUUUGUUUAAAAGCAUUUUAUCUUUUCUUUCUAUCCAUGGUAUGUUUUAAACCAUAAACACGACUUUGAAUUUUUUACGGUUUUUUAAAAACUACCACCAAGCGCACUUUUUAAAAUGGGUAAAAAAUGAGCAACUUCAAAGGCAAAAAACUCACCUUGGUAUAUGUGAUACCUAGCCAAAAUGUAUACUAGGACAAAGUUCAGCUCUUAUAUUAACAGAAUAUGAAAUAAAAAAUCUGGAUACUCCAGAUUCGCCUUUACAAAAUAAACAGUUUCGUGACCACCAGUGGCAAAAGGUCACAAAUUUGCAUAAGUCAAAUUUGUAGAGAAAUGAUGCCGCCUGACUUCUCUUUCUAGUUUCGGAUCAUGGUGUAUUCGAAACGUAGCAGAAAGGAUGAAAGCGCCUUUAAAUGAAGCUAAAAUUAAGUAAAGGAUCAGAAAAAUUGAUAUCCCUGAUAACAAAUAGCUGUGAAGGUUGGUGACACAAUGUGGCAAAUUUGCAUAAUGCAUCUGCAUAUUCCUAUCGUAACUGUCAGCAUCACGCAAUAUUUGAGGCUUAAGGAUAGCAUAACCAAGAGAAUAGCCAAUGUUAAAUGUUUUGUAAUUAGUAUGUUAGCUCUUCUUAAUUGUACAUUACAAAAUUAAGAUUGCUCACAAAUUGUGUUCGGGUGUUGGAGUACUGUAUUCUGCAAUUGCGUGACCGUUGCCAAACUCAGCACAGUCACACUUUAUUUUUACCGGUACGAUAAAAAAAUGUGAGGUUAUGAAGUGUGUAAAGAAAUAUUAUUCAUGUUAGAUGACUUAACUUUGCUUAAUUCACCUGAAUGAGUUUCGUAGCCAUACAUCUUUCUUGGAGUGGGCACAUGCUUUUAUGGUACCGAUAGUUCAUUCAUCAAGGCAUUUUAGGGGAUUUGCCAUUAAUACUAUACAUCAGACCGUAAGUUUUCAAUCAAUAAAAAUCCGAAACAGUUAAUUAUCUUAGAAGUUUUUCAAAGUUAUAUUUUGGUGAAAUUGCCAAGUCUCGCUUAUUAAAAAUAACGUAAGUAAAGACAAGAUUAAAGUAAUCAUUGCCCCCUUUUCUCUCUUUUCUGAAAUUCUUCCACCUCCUCUGUCUGCCUCUUCACUGUUCGUGCGUUCCAGACAUGAUUUCGAACACCCAAAGAUAGUCAAGGAUCGCCAAGUGGACCGACCCGUAAUUGUGCCAUUGAUUAGCUGAAACCUUCAUUGAACGCUCAAUAGAAAAAAGAAAUCAGAUGGAGGGAGUACUGCACUGGGGUCGUUUUGGUGUUUUUUUUUUUUUUUUUAACCAAGAAUAUCGUAAAAUUCCGAAAAUAAGCCCCGGGGCUUAUAUUUUUCAAAGGCCCUUUUUGAGGGGCUUAUAUUCAGAGGGGCUAAUCUAUGGAGGGAAUUUUGUGUUUCAAAAUCGAUUGGGCUAACCUUACAGUUGGAAGGAAAUUUACCGUUUUUGCUUUGUUUUACCUUGUAUUUGAGGGUAAUUUCCAAGUACAAGCCCCGGGGGGCUUAUAUAUGGAGGGGCGAUUUAACGGACGGUUUUUUGCGUUACAAGUUUGGGGACCUAUAUUUGAAGGUGCUUAAGAAGAAAGGCAAAGGGAAAAAAGAGAGCGGGAGAGAAAGAUCGAUAUAGGUUCGUAAGAGACGUCCAAUUUUGGCUUCUAUGAAUGCGCCAAAACAGCUUCUAAAUUAGUGUACGUCCAAUUUAGCAGUCUUGUGUUGCAAAUCUCUCUUUCAGCCAUUCCCACAUCAUGCUAACUGGCUAGCCUCAGUAAUCGGCUCCUGCUAGCCUGCAUAACAGGCGUGCGUUUUUCAGGCGAGCGAAGGCAAGCCCGAAGCCGGAGCGAAUGCAAGCGCGAACAGAGUGAGGAGCGUCAUUAAGGGGUAGGUCUGGGGCGGAAUGCAACAAAACAAUGGUAUGUGGACAGGCCGUUGUUUUUUCUGCGUCUUCCCCAUCGCGCUUGUCUGGCACUUCUCACUCACUUCGCGCUUGCCUUUGCUCGCCUGCAAAAACGCGAAAAAAUAAGGCCUGUUAUCCAGGCUACUAACUGAAAACCGGCCCAAAAAGGCUGGGUUUUCUUCCACUAAAAUUGGCCGUCAAAAAAGAGUUAAAGGGGCUAUGCCAAGCUAUUUGCUAGUUCAUUUUAAAAACCUAAUAUGGUCUUCAUUUCACAUCAAUUCAAUUCAAAAAUAAUGGUCCAGUUUUGUUAUGUAAGACUAUAUUUAGGCACGGUCUGUUGCUACUGAUGGCCAGGAUGGACAUGGACUGAAAAUUGAAAAACAUGGGCCAUCUUUUUCAAGUUUAAAUGUAUCACCCAAAAAGAUAUUUUUGGUUAGUGCUUUCUUAUAAAAUGAUAUCUUCUUCAUACCCCACAUGUAACUCUACACUGAACAUUUUUUGACUGGGUAAAGGCAGUAAGUAAUGACUUUAGCACAGAAUCAGCCUAAAACAACAAAUAUACUCGCCACAUAGGGCCUCGAUUUGGGGUCUUCUUUCCCUUGUGUCUGAAGCUAUUUCCUUCUUUACUUUGGGAAACGGUUAGGCGUAAAGAAAACCGCCGAUCCCACUUACUUGCCUCGUUAUGUUAUUUAGCUUCUUAGUCGCUAUCAACUGCCCUGCGAGCAGAGGCCCUUUGAUCUUCCUAAAUAAGUUGGGAAGAGGAAGAGAAGAGUAGCUAUCAACUAAAUAAUAAUUCGAUCGGACGUUCCGGUGUGAAGGCGCGAGCUGCGACGGGAACUGACGUUAAUACUCCUGAGCAAAAGCAGACAUUUCUUUGAACAAAACUCGGGUCUGUUGUAAACUGGAAAUUGUAGUCAAGUUACGCUUUUACUCUGCGUCACCUUACUGCCCGGUUAGUAAAUGGUACUUACGUCGAUACAAGUUCGUUGCGCAUAGUGCGAUAUGCCAGGAGCGUCAAGGAUGACCUUUCUAAUACUUCUCUUUUCAAGAUGGUGCUACGUUUUGCAAGCACUCGACAUGGGUGGGAGCAAGCACUCGACAUGGGUGGGAGUUGAUUAGAGCAGCUCAAAAGAGGUGAACAAGGAGUCUUAUCUUCCAUGGACAAAUCCUAGUCGCAUCGUCGUGAAAGGGAUUUACUCUGUUGAAGUACAGUUGAACCUCCAUGUGCGACUACCUCCCUUAAGCGACCACCUAUCCAAAACACCAAAACCCACCCAGUUUAAGUCUUCCAGCUGGAAUCUCUCCUGCAAGCGCCAGCGACCACUAAUUGGGGCUGACGGUUUAAUGAUUUUGCAUUGUUUUUAAACUCUUGUAAGCGAUCCCUUGGUGGUCACGAAACUGUUUAUUUUGUAAAGGCGAAUCCGGAGUACCCAGAUUUUUUAUGUCAUAUUCUGUUAAUAUAAGAGCUGAACUUUGUCCUAGUAUACAUUUUGGCUAGGUAUCACAUAUACCAAGGUGAGUUUUUUGCCUUUGAAGUUGCUCAUUUUUUACCCAUUUUAAAAAGUGCGCUUGGUGGUAGUUUUUAAAAAACCGUAAAAAAUUCAAAGUCGUGUUUAUGGUUUAAAACAUACCAUGGAUAGAAAGAAAAGAUAAAAUGCUUUUAAACAAAAAUAUUUCUGUUUUAUAGCUUUGAAUCUUGCCUCGGUACCAACGUGAUAAAGUAGACCAUUUUUACUCUAAUUUUUGCAUAAUUAAUUAGGUAAAAACCGCUAUUUUCGUUUUUCCUCAUUUUCUCGAACACUAUAGAUUCUUGAAAGUUGAAAAUAUUUUUUUCGAAGAUAGUUCCCCAAAGGGGUUUUUCUGACAAAUAAUCAGAAUUUUCGAUUUUUUUAGCCUGGCCAGCGAUUCUCGAUAUUUACAGUCAUGGGCUCUUAAUACCCCGUUAACGGCCAAUUCCGUUUUUGAAAGAAAUAGCUUGAACUUCUAUGAACAAUUUUACAGUUUUACUGAUAUAUAUUCUUUGGAUCCAUUUUUGUAUUUCUAACCACCCCCCCCCCCCCCCCCCCAAAAAAAGAAGGUUAUGGUCCAUCCCUUGAUCUAGAAGAGGACGAAGAGCAAUGCAUGCUAACUGCUCUCGUAACGUAACCUAUGUUUAUCAAAAAAUAUAGGACCGACUGACUUGGAGAACAUGGAAGAGGAAACCACAUUCAAAGAACAAGGACAUUAUUUCGCAUCACCUUUAGGGCAAAACCCCAUCAAUUGUAACCAAGCGCAAGAUAGAAGAUCUGCGACAGCCAAAUCACAGCAAAAAGAUACAUUGAGAAACAAAAUGGCCGCCAAAACCACUUUCAUGAUUGUGUUUGCGUUUGCUUUCUGUUGGCUCCCAUAUACGCUAUUGAGCAUGACUGCGUCUGUUUGCAAAGCUUGUAAUGUUAAGAUCCCCUAUCAAGUCUUCGACAUUUUUCUUAUGAUGGGAUACUUCAACUCCACUAUUAACCCUCUACUAUACAGUUUUCGUACUCCCAGGUUCGUGAAGGCCUUCAGAGGGAUGAUUAGGAACAAGUGCAAAAUAUGUAAAAAUGGGAAAAAGAACCGCUGUCUACCCCGGUCUGAUAACGCUCCCCUUGCAGUGCUAAGCUUUACCAACUUAGGACUAAGAGAAAUUAGAGGACUGACCUGA